UCAGUCAAACCUGUCGAUUUUAUUUAUUAGUGGCAUGAAUAGCGAUUAAAAGCUCAGAAGGGGUCCCAAAAACUCUUGAGCAUAUGAAAAAAGCAAGAUAUUAUAGCGCUAUGCUGUGACAAAAAAAACCUAAAACAUGUCCAAAAAUAUUGGAGAUCCUAAAAGAAAAGAAAAGAAAAGGCAUGAAACUAGCUUAAGUCUGACAUGCUCUUCCCAGCGGUAAUUCAGUAUUUUUUUUUUCCUAAUAUCAUAUAAACCUAAAGAAUCAUCUAUGAGAGCCAACUUAACAUUCUGUGGUAAAUUUAAAGCAUUAUUAACCAAGACAUAACAAUCAAUAGCUCUUUCAAAUUGCAUCGAUGAUUGUCUAGCAUUUAUUUGCUUACUAGCAAAAUGAAUGGUGCAGUAUUGAACCCGUGCUCUCUGGUCAAUAGAUACGAUCUGCUCUCUAGUCAAUAUAACAUUAAAUACUGGUGGCCGCACUAAUAAAUAAGAAAAUUAGGGGAUUAUGUUUCUCUUGCAGUGUUAUUGCUGGAAAUUUUCAAUAUUAUGUCUAAAGAGUAGUGAUAACUAGAUUCACUCUCAAACUACUUUUCAACAUGAAACAAAUGUACAAGGUCUUUGAUGACAUAAAUUUCAAUAGCAAUUCAUGAGAAAAUAUCUCUCACUUUUUUUUCUUAUAGUAUACAAAUAGUAUUGCUAGUUAAUUUGUUUUCCUAUGUACAAAUAGCCUGUGUACUUCACGUGACCUCAAAAGUUUAUCUUCUAUUAUUACUGCUUUGAUGGAUAUAUACUAGAAUGAUUUACUCACCGGCAACCAAUAAAUAAUCAUUACAUAAUAUUUUUGAAACUAAAUUACCCUGUAAAACAAAUUUUACAGUAACCCUUACAGAUAUCAGGGUAAGUAUUAUCGUAAAGUCGGAGAGAAGGCAAAUCCUUCAAGUAUUUGAGACACAGCUUCCUAACAUCUACUUGUCCCAUUUAUUUGUCCAACAACCAAAGUAUUUUUGGUUUCCAAAUCAAAAAGGGUAAAUGGGAAAAAUAAUAAGAAUGACAUUCUACUCCUUAGGCAAGGGCAUUUUUGUAAAGUACAAAGAUGUGAAAAGCAGGUAGCCGAAAUCAAACUAGCAUCACUCGUCUCAUGACACUAUAAAAUACAAGGGUGGGAGUAGCUAAAUCAACAACUGCAGCCCCUCCAAUCCUUCUGCUAUUCAUUUCUCUUAUUACUAUUACCAGAAUCAGAGGUUUAAUGGAGGAUAAUCUAAAAGACGCGGACGCAAGGAGCACGAAAAUUGAUGCAUUGGGCGUAGAAUCAGGGCAGCAAGUAGCAGAAUAUGUGAAUGUUUCAGCUCAUGCAGUUGACAAAGAUUCAUGGCAACAAGUUGGAUUGUUGAUGGUGACUGGCUUCAACUGUGCUUAUGUGUUGAGUUUCUCAAACCUGAUGUUGGUGCCAUUGGGCUGGGCCUGGGGCCUCACUGUCCUCGUAGUAAUGGCGGCAUUCGCCUUCUAUGCAAACUGGCUCUUGGCUGAAUUCCAUAUAAUUGAUGACCACAGAUUCAUCAGAUACAGAGAUAUCAUGGAUUACGUAUUUGGGAGGAGAUUGUAUUACACCACAUGGAUCUUGCAAUUUGUAACUUUGUUACUCGUUAACAUGGGCUUUGUCCUUCUUGGAGGAAGAGCACUGAAGGAGAUCAAUUCAGAAUUCAGUAGCUCUCCUGUGAGGCUUCAAAUGUUCCUCACUAUCACUGGCUUCGCCUAUUUCAUCUUUGCAAAUCUAGUUCCCUCCAUGUCGGCCAUGAGAAAUUGGCUAGCAACCUCGGCAAUCCUCACAAUAAUCUACGAUGUCAUUCUCUUCGUAAUCUUAGUUAAAGAUGGGUGUGCAAACAAAAACAAGGAUUACAAUAUCAGUGGAAGUAAAGUGGAUAAAUUCUUCAAUGCAUUUGGUGCAAUUGCUGCAAUUCUCGUCUGCAACACCUGUGGUUUGCUUCCAGAGAUGCAGUCAACUCUUCGAAAGCCAGCAGUUUCGAACAUGCGGAAAGCUUUGUCAUUACAGUUUACAUUGGGUCUGGCAAUAUACUAUGGUGUUAGCAUAGUUGGCUACUGGGCAUACGGUUCAUCAGUUUCAGACUAUCUCCCGAAAGAAUUAAGUGGACCUAAAUGGGCAAAAGUUCUGAUAAAUUCUACAGCUUUUCUACAAAGUAUAGUUUCUCAGCAUAUGUUUAUUGCACCAAUACAUGAGGCUCUGGAUACCAAGUUCUUAAGUCUGGAAGAGAGCAUGUUCUCAAGAGAGAACCUUAUACGGAGAUUUCUUUUAAGAGCACUAGUUUUUGGAAUAAAUACAUUUGUUGCAGCACUGUUCCCUUUCAUGGGAGAUUUUGUAAACCUUUUCGGGUCUUUUGCUCUCUUUCCGCUAACCUUUGUUUUCCCCAGCAUGAUUUUUGUCAAGGUCAAAGGAAAAUCUGCUAGAAGGGCAGAGAAGGCAUGGCAUUGCGCCAUCAUUGUCAUCUCCUCUCUACUAUCGGUAGUAACUACUGCUGCUGCUAUAAGAUUGAUAAUCAGUAAUGCCCGCAAGUACAGAUUCUUUGCAGAUACAUAAUACUUCAAGUUCCGAUAAAGAUAUAAACUACAUGGUACACCAUUGUAAGAUUUCAAUAUUGUUGUUGUUGUUGUUGUUGUUGUUGUUGUUGUUGUUAUUUUGUGUGAAAAAUCUACUAAACAGAUAUUGUGACAUUGCUAUAUAUUA